AUGGCAGCCGUGGCGCUCCCACAGACCGCCCACCACGUCGUCUCCUCCUCCUCGGCGUCCGCCUUCGCCAUCCGGCGCGCCUCCUCCCCUCUCGAAGCCCUCUCCCUCUUCAAACUCCGCCUCCUCCGCCGCCGCCCCGCUCCCCCGGACCCCUUCGACCCCCACGCCGCCGUCUUCCUCCUCAAAUCCCUCUCCCCUCACCUCCCUCCUCUCCCACCCCCACGUCGCCUCCGCCCUCCUCCACUCCUANCCCCCUCCCUCGCCCGCCUCCUGUUCGACGAAAUCCCCCGCCCAAACCUCGUCCUCUUCAACACCCUCCUCUCCUCCCUCUCCCGCUCCUCCGCCCCCCUCUCCUCCGCCCUCUCCCUCUUCCACUCCAUCCCCCACAAGGACCUCGUCUCCUGGUCCGCCCUCCUCUCCGCCUGCCUCGCCCGCUCCCGCCCCGCCCUCGCCCUCUCCCUCUUCCGCCGCAUGAUGACGUCCCAUACUCAAUCUGUCUCUGCCCGGCUGCUCCCCGACCCGCAGAUGCUCGUCACCGUGCUCUCCGCCUGCGCGGCCGCCUCCUCGCCCUCCCUCUCCAGGUCCGUCCACGCCUACGCCGAGCGCCGCGGGAUGGACACCGGCUCCCACCUCGGCACCGCGCUCGUCGACUCCUACGCCAAGUCCGGAUUCCUCAAAUCCGCAUUCCGCGUCUUCGACCGCGUCCCCCCCGCCCGCCGGAACGUCAUGCACUGGACUGCCAUGAUCUGCGGCCUCGCCGCGCACGGCCACGGCAGAGUGGCCAUUGCAUUCUUCGAUGAUAUGCGCCGCUCCGGCGUGCGCCCCAACGAGAUCACCUUCACCGGGGUGCUCAAUGCUUGUUGCCAAAUUGGCCUCAUCGACGAAGGGCGGAGGUUCUUCGCAGUUAUGGCCGAGGAGUACGGCAUCGAGCCCGGAAUUCACCAUUACGGGUGCAUGGUCGAUUUGUUCGCCAAGGCCGGGCGGUUGGAGGAGGCGUACGCGAUCAUCCAGAACAUGAGGGUUGAGCCCAACAUUGUCUUGUGGACCUCCUUCUUGGCGGCGUGCAAGAAGCACAAGAAUUUCGAGAUCGCCGAGGAGGGGAUCGAGACGGUCAUGAGCAUGGCGGUUCCCGAUGAGGACGGCGGGGUGUAUACGCUCGUGUCGGAUUUGUACGCUCUGGGUGGGCGGUGGGACGACGUGGGGCGUGUGAGGAAGCUGAUGGAUGAGUCCAGGGUUAGAAAAAGCAGAGGGUCGAGCUUCAUUGCGGUGGAUGAGUGCAGAAGCUCCGUGAAUUGAUUUGUUCUAAUAGAAGAAGAUGACGAUGAUUUUGGUGUCGAAUCUGAACGGUAACCACUGCUUUGGAGAGAUCAUCGGGAGCUCCGGAUUAUUAAUUCGGAGAUUGGAAGAGAAAGCGGAGGAAUCUACUAAAUGAAUUCUUGCUGAGAUGGCUCAGAUAGCUGCACAAUUUAUCACUUGAUGGAUCUCAAUAGAGUAACAGAUGUAUUUAUUUGGCGAUAUGCUCAAUAAGCUGGUCGGAGAACCAUCUUAAGCGAAAUGUGGCAUCGAAAAUGAGACAAAAAGCUUUUGAAGGAACCAAGAUGAUUUGGUUUUGGGAAAUCAGCUAACGUCCUGACAAAGUAAUUCAGAUCCGUCGAGAGACAUUAGCUGUGUUUGAAUUCAGGAGCUUGUCACAAUCGCUUUGUUGUUGUUCAAUACUUUGGAAGGCAAAAUGCAAGGAAAGAUUUGUGCAACAGUGCCAGGUGUUUCUCCUUUCAACUGCGUCAGGAGAAGGCUUUUCUAAGGAUGACUCACAUGAUCAAAGUUCGUUCCAUCCACACCAUGCUUCUCAGAUAACACCAAUGUUCCCUUGCAGUCGUAGACAAAUUGAAUCGCAUUUAUUUCCUCUCCAUGCCAUAUAAGAAUCUCUCUGACUCCAUCAAAGUACCCAUCAUCCCACUCACAGCCAUGGUCGCCACCUCGAGGUCCGAUUUUGAUGAAUGUCUCUCCAGUUCGGCCGAUAUUCUUAAGAACAGCAGUACAUACAUGUAAUCAACUAUAGAAAGCGAAAUAAUACGAAGGAUUUCGCUAACAGCAGUUGCGAAGUCACAGAAAUAAUCUUACCAUCUUAGCAGGUGACAAAACUUUAAUUUGUCGCAGUUAUGCACUUGGUUGGAUCAGCUGAUACACUAAAAUUUGCUUCAAUUGGGUCCUUCUAUCGUA